CUCAUGCUGGCCGUUUACCCUCGUUACUCUCCAUCAUUUAUGACCGUUUUUCUUGCCUUCUCCGUUAUCUGUUGGAAUUCCAAGCAACAUCGAUGACCAUUCGUAAAAUUAAAGGCAACAUGCAAAAUCCAUAAUACACGAGCAAAUGAAUAUUUGUGUGCAUACAGAUCACCCUUUCAACAGAAACAUUUUGCUCUCAGACAGCCUUCUGUCAAGGAUCUUGGAGAAGACAGAGAAGCUCUUCUUUUUUGCCUGUUUGGAGGUAAAUGUGACUGAAUGGCUGGAGCACAGCCUGGGGUUCACGCGCUGCAGCUCAAGCCGGUGUCUGUUCCGGAGAGUCUGAAGAAAGGCAGUAGGUUUAUGAAAUGGGAUGAGGAUUCCUCUACAGUGACACCAGUGACCUUACGUGUGGAUCCUCAGGGCUACUUUCUGUACUGGACUGAUCAGAAUAAGGAAACGGAUCUGUUAGACAUCACCCACAUCAAGGAUGCUAGAACUGGGAAAUGUACCAAAACACCAAAGGAAGCCAAGCUGCGAGAGUUACUAGAUGUUGGGAACCUGGUAGGGCGGAUAGAAAACAAGAUGCUGACAGUGGUCACGGGGCCCGACAUGGUCAACAUCACAUAUCUAAACUUCAUGGCCUUCCAGGAGGAAGUGGCAAAGGAGUGGGCAGAGGAGUUGUUUAGUCUGGCAUCCAACCUGCUGGCUCAGAACAUGAACAGAGAGCCCAGCCUGGAAAAAGCUUACACGAGACUCAAACUACAGCCAAACCAGGAGGGGCGUAUUCCCGUCAAAAACAUUUUUCGCAUGUUCACGGCAGACCGGAAGCGUGUGGACACAGCGCUGGAGAGCUGUAAUCUUCCUUCCGGCAGGAAUGAUUCCAUUCCCCUUGAUGACCUAACCCCCGAUGUUUACAAAUUAUUUAUUGCAAACCUCUGUCCUCGACCUGAAAUCAACCAAAUCUUCGCAGAUCUUGGAGCCAAAGGGAGGAACUAUCUGACCAUGGAGCAGAUGACUGAGUUCAUCAACAGCAAACAGCGUGACCCACGACUCAAUGAGAUCCUAUACCCACCCCUGAAGACUGAGCAGACACAGCUCCUCAUGGAGAAGUUCGAGCCCAACCAAGAUAUAAUUUGCAGAGGACAGAUCUCGGUGGAGGGCUUUUCCAGGUAUCUGAGUAGUGAUGAGAAUGGCGUGAUCCCACCUGAGAAACUCGACCAAAGUGAAGACAUGACCUUUCCUCUUUCCCACUACUUCAUCAACUCUUCCCACAACACCUAUCUCACAGCGGGGCAGCUGGCAGGGAACUCCUCGGUGGAGAUGUACAGGCAGGUGCUGCUCUCUGGCUGCCGCUGCGUGGAGCUGGACUGCUGGAAGGGCCGCACAGCCGAGGAGGAGCCUGUCAUCACCCACGGCUUCACCAUGACCUCCGAGAUCUCGUUUAAGGAAGUAAUUGAGGCCAUUGCUGAAUGUGCCUUUAAAACCUCCCCUUUUCCUGUCAUCUUGUCCUUCGAGAAUCACGUGGACUCUCCAAAGCAACAAGCCAAGAUGGCGGAGUACUGCCGAUCAAUCUUUGGGGAUGCUCUUUUGAUUGAGCCACUUGAGAAAUACCCUCUUGAGUCAGGGUUUCCCCUGCCUAGCCCACAUGAGCUCAUGGGAAAGAUCCUCGUCAAGAACAAAAAGUCCCACCCAAAGCCAUCUGAUGGGAGCACAAAGAAGAAGUUGUCAGAGCAAGCUUCGAACACCAACAGUGACUCCUCCAGUGUAUUUGAGCCCUCCUCUCCCAGUGCUGGCCCAGCAGCUUCAGCAGAGGUGGAGGCAGAAGAUGAUGAAGAUGAGGAUGAAGAUGAUGAUGACUGCAAAAAGUCCAUGGAUGAGGGGACUGCAGGCUCCGAGGCCUUCGCCACUGAGGAGAUGUCUACUCUGGUCAAUUACAUCCAACCCACAAAAUUCCACUCCUUUGAGACUGCAAAAAAAGUCAACCGCAGCUAUCAGAUGUCGUCGUUUGUGGAGACCAAAGCACUGGAGCAACUCACAAAGACUCCUGUGGAGUUUGUGGAAUAUAACAAGCUUCAGCUCAGCAGAAUCUACCCUAAGGGAACUCGAGUGGACUCCUCCAACUACAUGCCUCAAGUGUUCUGGAAUGCAGGCUGCCAGUUGGUGGCGCUAAACUUUCAGACAAUUGAUCUGGCCAUGCAGCUGAACCUGGGCAUGUAUGAGUAUAAUGGGAAGAGUGGCUACAGACUCAAGCCAGAGUUCAUGAGACGGCCCGACAAGCAUUUUGACCCUUUCACAGAGAGCACCGUGGAUGGUAUUGUAGCCAAUACCUUGUCAAUAAAGAUCAUAUCUGGACAGUUCCUUACUGAUAAGAAAGUAGGAGUGUAUGUUGAGAUCGAUAUGUUUGGCCUCCCAGUUGACACAAGAAGGAAAGCGUUUAAAACAAAGACAUCCCAGAACAAUGCCAUCAACCCUGUGUGGGAAGAGGAGGCAAUCGUGUUUAAAAAGGUGGUGCUGCCUACUCUUGCCUCGCUAAGAAUAGCUGUGUUUGAGGAAGGCGGAAAGUUCAUUGGGCAUCGGUUAAUUCCAGUGUCAGCCAUUCGACCAGGUUACCGGUAUAUUGGAUUGAGAAAUGAGAAAAACCAGUCUCUCAUGCUUCCUGCUCUGUUUGUGUAUAUAGAAGUCAAAGAUUAUGUGCCAGACACCUUUGCAGAUGUCAUAGAGGCCCUUUCGAACCCCAUUAGAUACGUCAACCUAAUGGAGCAGAGGUCCAAGCAGCUAGCAGCUCUUACAUUAGAAGAGGGGGAGGAGGAGAAAGAGGCCAAAGAGACUGAGCCUGGGCUUGAACAGGCAUCAGAGGUGAAGAAUGAGCCUAAACCAGCCCCUGUGGAGAAUGGUCUGAGUCAUGGCCCAAGUGCUACCCCUCGACCGGCCUCUCAACACUCCCCUUUGCCCCAGCCCACAGGAUCAGCUAAACCUGCAGGAAAGACAGAAGAUCUUAUACAUAGUGUCCUUACUGAGAUGGAGGCCCACACAUUAGAGGAGCUGAAACAGCAGAAGGUGUUUGUCAGAGAACAGAGGCGACACUAUAAAGAAAUGAAGGACCUGGUGAAAAAGCACCACAAGAAAACCAUGGAACUGAUCAAGGAGCACACAGCCAAGUACAAUGAGUUCCAGCAUGACUAUCUCCGCAGGAGGUCUGUGCUGCAGAAGUCUGCAAAGAAAGAUGGUAAGAAAAGGUGCCUGUCCUCUAGCCCAGAGCACAGAGCAUCCUUCUUUGAGCAGGAGUUGGCAAACCUGGACCAGGAGUGCAGACAGAAGUUGGCUGAGCUCAAAGACCAGCAGCAGCAACAGCUGCUCAACUUGAGGCAGGAGCAGUACUACAGUGAGAAGUACCUAAAGAAAGAGCACAUCAAACAGCUGAUAGAGAAACUCACCCUCCUGGCUGAGGAGAGUCAAAGUAGCCAAAUAAAGAAACUGAAAGACUUAUGUGAAAAAGAGAAGAAGGAACUAAAAAAGAAAAUGGACAAGAAAAGACAAGAGAAGCUCAGUGAAGCGAAAUCAAAAGAGAAACACUUAACAGAAGAGGAAAAGCUCGAAAUAAACAGAUCGUAUGUUAAUGAAGUCGUGCAGCAUAUCAAAAGGCUAGAAGAUGCUCAGACGAAAAGACAUGAAAAACUUUUGGAGACACAUAAGAACAUUCUCCAGCAGAUUACGGACGAGAAACCCAAGCUUCAAAACGAACUAGACCAGGAGUAUCAGGACAAGUUUCGCCGACUCCCAGUAGAGAUUCAGGAGUUUGUGCAGGAGACCACUAAGAGAAGGACUGAUGGGAGUGAGGAGUCUCUGCCCUCCUCCACCACCCUGGAGAAACUCAGUCAUAAGGGGGCACAGUCUGAGGAUGAUAUGGAAGAGGAGAGGAAGGACUAGCAGGCAGAUGGGGCAAAGGGCUCCUUUGGGCUUCAGGCACUCCUCUUGUUUCAUUUUAGUCAAAUAGCUUUUUGUAACUUGUUUUGGAGAAUUUCAGUGGAUGAUUGUACAGUAAGAGAGAAAUAGCAGUUAAAGGAAAGGAGGCAAUUACAGCAUGAAAACAUAGUGAUGGACAGUGAUGACAGAACUUGUGAUUUAAUGAUGUUCUUUACAAUUUACUCAUUUUCCUGCAGUAUUUCUUUCAAAUGAUUUUAUAGAGUAUUCAUUUUUGUUAGAAUUCAUAUGAGGUGUUCAUAGCUAAUGAUUCUGAUCACAGAUUUAAUGCCAGUGUGUUUAUUGUAUUUUAAAGGGUGCAGGGCAUGAGCACCCAUGUUGUCAAGUUGAAAAGAUGUAAUGUGUGUGCCACACGGUAAAAGCACUGUACACAGUUACAUCAAUGUUCCUAUAAUUUCUCUUACAGGUGUUAAUAGAGGUCUAUGAAAAGAUCACAAUGUAUAUUUGCACUGAAUUUCGGAUUAUUCUCUUUAAUUUGGGAUUAUUCUCUUUGUUUUGGAUUAUUCUCUUUAAUUUGGGAUUGUUCUCUUCAAUUUGCAAGCCCAGGUGGCUUGCUGAUAUAGAUCAAUUAUCUUGCUAAUAUUGCUGCUGAUAUUGUUUGUUUUAAUUGAUUUUGACUGAUACUAAUUACUAGAUACUCCAUUGUUUCAUUGACGUGGUACCAAUACACCAUCCAGUAUGGAACAUAAAUUUUAAGGUUUUCAGGGAUGCAUGAAUUGAUUGCAUUGAACAUGUUUGUGCUACUCUACAUUUGUAAAUGCAACACUGUAGCUUGUUAUGAAAUGUGAUGAUAAUUGUUAUUGAUCUGUAAAGAUGUGCUUAAUGGUGUUAUCUUUUUUAUUCAGACAUACAACAUAUGUAUUUAUUGGUGGAUAAUUAUAACAAUAUCUUACUGCCAAUUUUUUUUUAAAUUUAUUUUAUUAAGGAGCCCUUUCUAAAAUCUUUUGUUUUGUGUUAAACUUCCUUUUUUAAUGUCAGUAUUUUUGGAACUCAAUUAACAGAAUUAUACUUUUCUUUAUUUAACAUAGAUGUAUUAUUGAAGUAGCCUAGUCACUAUCAAAGGAAACAAAGAUGAUUAUCCUAAAGUAGAGGGGACUGAAAUAAUGUUGGAAAUAUAGAUAUGCACUUUGGAUUUCAUGAGGUAUUGCCAUUAUGCAAUCUUUCUACUUGGGCGAGACUCUUAUUUUGGUAUGCUUGAUUGGUUAAUUGGUCUCAUUUCAUUCCUAGUUAAGAAUAUAAAGCAUAGUCAACCAUGUAUUGAAUGAUGCAGAUGCUGUACUGUUUCUUUUCCAAACUAUGGCAUACUUCCAUUAAUAUUCUCUUGGUGUUUAGCUCUUAUGAAGCACAUUAGUUGCUUUGACUUGCUACUGAUAAAAAUAAUUUGUAUAGUCCUGAUUUUUAAGUUAAUAAGUGCAAAUAGAUUAUUAUAUUCAAUUUAGCUCUAACUUUAACUUCAUAUAAGUGUUUACAUUUUUACAUUCAUGCUCUUUAUUUAUUGUAAAAUUUAUUUGGUAUGGAUCAUUAAAACAAAGAGCCAAACAUUUUCCAAUGACACGAAGCCUCAAGACAUAAAAAAGCAUAUGAUUAGAUCCAUUUAAUGUCUUGUUUAACAUACAUAAUAAUAAUCAUAUUUUUCAAAUUUAUAAUUAGGCCCAAAGUAAAAAAUACAAUACAAUGCAUUACCACCAUGGACAAUAGUAUAUUAUUGCUCCAUCUACAGUACAUGGCAAGGGACUCUAAAACUAGUUUAUGAAGUUUACGAAUUUACUUUCACACUUAAUAGUUUACAUGCAAAUGUAAUUCACUGCGAUUCACCCUGUGUUAAAUUGUGUUGUAUAAUUUUUUUAUAAGAUAACUCCGUACUAUUUUCUUUUGACCAAACUCUUUUUUGCAAUGUAAGAUUACUUGAAAUACUUUUAUGACUGAAUUUAUUUUUGAUUGUUUUCAAGUGAAGUACUGUGCCUUUGGAUGUUAGCUGUCUUAGAUGUGGAAUGUAAAAAGUGUUGAUGUAUAGAGCUCUCCUUUUUGUAUGAACUGUGCACGCACUUUUAAGACAUUUAUACUAAAGAUUGACUUUCAAAUUCUUGAAAUGUCAAACUAUUGACUAUGUGUUCUGCUGAGUACCACUAUAUUUCAAAUAUGCCUCUAAUUCCACUAACAGAGCAGGUAGUGUUUAGGAAAAAAAAUAAUUUUAUUUCAUCCAGUUGUAUUAUUAGUGUCACCAUAUCAGCAUCUUUUCAAGAUGAAUAUUGUUGAAUGUAAGUUGUGCUUGUGCUGUGAAAUGGGUUUAAUAAAACAAUUGUGUGAAAUGUGGAAUUUGCACAAUGUAAAUGA